ACUCCUAUCUUCCGAUCAUUUUUGAUCCCGAACCCUUCUCGCCUUCUCCAUCCAACUCCUCUACGGCGAACCACUCCUCUGAACUCCUCUCCGUCAAGACCACACCUUUGUCAAGCGGCAGAUCCCGGUGCUGAGGCGAUCAACCACGACAGAUCGACCCCUCUCUUCGCCUCCUUCGUCCCCGACGAAGCCUCUCUUCCCUCCGGCGAACGUUCAUUGCGCUUAGGGUAGAGCAGGCGCAUCAACUCUCUUCUUCAUCUGCAUCGCCAAGCUACCCUUUGAUCAGCCGAUUCCCUUGCUAUUGGGUUCACCUACAAGUAAUCCUCGCGCGCUGAUCUCUUCUCGCUAUCAGAAGAUUCUAAACAUGAGCCGUGUCUUUCAAGAGAAGAAUGUAAGUGAUCAAUAUAAUUGUUCGGAUAGAUGGGUGAAAUUAUUUCAUCUGCCGUAUGAUUUUAGAUGAGAAUGAUGGUGGAUUUAAGAUUGCGAUUGAAUUGUGAUGCCUUAUCUGAGAAAGGUCAAGGUGAGCGUCAUAAAGAAAACGUGUAAAUGUUAACCACAGAGUAAGCACCUUGACUCUCCCAACCACACACGAUAUGCUUGUCAAGUAUGCACUGAGGAUGGCAAUCACUUCCUACUCUAGGAAGAAUAUGAAACAUAGAAAAGGGGGAAAAACUUUGUCCCAAGAAACAAAGGUAGCAGUGAUCAAAGGUAUGCUCUACUGAAGCCCUCAUCAACUCGACUUUUUGAUUUCUAUGGUUUCUUUAGAUUACAAAAUGUUUCUUCUGUUUACUGAGUACUACAAACCACAAUUUAUCAUAUUAUAGUUGAUUCUCUAGCAAAGUUUCACAUUUUGAACUCGUUUAUUUUGAUUUGAAAUGUCUAAAACUUUUACUAUUGUUUGAUGGUAAAAUUUGGUGUUUGGUUCUUUAUGCAACUUUUUAUUGUUUGCUAUGAUAACUUUUACUGAAUACUGCAAUCAUCCAUAUCUAUUCUAAGGUGCAGAACCUGGGCCACCUUAUACAACUGGAGAAAAUCUUAUUACAAAUGCAGGAAAAAUGGUCCUGUUAGAUAAGCUGUUGCCUAAACUGAAGGAACGAGAUUCCAGAGUUUUAAUAUUUUCAUAGGUCUAUAUCAAUUGGGUCUUCAGUUUAUCAUUUGGAAUUACAUGCAAAGCCUGCUAUUUUCACUUUUAAUCUAUUUGAAACUUGUGAUAUUUAAUCUUUGUUGUUUACAUAUCUUGUUUGUCAUAAUCAAACUGUUUUUGUUCCAACUUGUUUCACAUAUAGUUGCCUAGUAUUUGCUUCUAAUGCUUGUUAUUUACAUAUCUUGUUUCUCAUAAUCAGAUUUUUCCCUCUAAAUUGUUUCAUACAUAUCUGCCCAGUCUUACUUGCAGUAGAAGGUAACAUAUUAGUGUUUUAUUGAUUUAACACAACUGUUUGUGUUGUAAUUUAGAUGACUAGACUUCUGGACAUACUGGAAGAUUACUUGCUAUAUUGUGGUUACCAAUAUUGCCGGAUUGAUGGGAAUACUGGGGGAGAAGAACGGGAUGCUUCCAUUGAAACAUUUAAUCAACCUGGAAGCCAAAAGUUCAUUUUCUUACUUUCUACAAGAGCUGGUGGAUUGGGAAUUAAUCUUGCUACAGCAGAUGUUGUCAUUCUCUAUGAUAGUGACUGGAAUCCACAAGUUGAUUUGCAAGCACAGGAUCGUGCUCAUAGAAUUGGGCAAAAGAAAGAAGUUCAAGUGUUCCGUUUCUGUACUGAGUUUGCAAUUGAGGAGAAAGUGAUAGAGAGAGCAUACAAGAAGCUUGCACUUGAUGCCUUGGUUAUUCAACAAGGACGAUUAGCAGAACAGAAAACUGUUAAUAAAGAUGAACUUCUACAAAUGGUUAGAUUUGGUGCUGAAAUGGUUUUUAGCUCCAAGGACAGUACAAUAACUGAUGAGGAUAUUGAUCGUAUCAUAGCUAAAGGAGAAGAAGCGACUGCUGAACUUGAUGUGAAAAUGAAAAAGUUUACAGAGGAUGCGAUAAAGUUUAAGAUGGAUGACAGUAUGCUGAUUCCUUUCUGAUAGCAAUUCCUAGAUAUUUCCUUGGAUGACUUAUGUAAUUUCUGUUUUUUGUUACAGCUGUUGACUUGUUAUGCGGUCAGAAUUCUAUUAUUUUGGUAUGAGUUUGAAAU